AUGCGUGAGGGCUGUGCCAGAUUUGGUGCCAUCGACAUGCACCUCCAGUCACGUCACGCAGAUCUUUGUCCACUGCAAAAUGGCAAUGAAAUGAAAGUGAGUCCGCGUGCGCAUCAUGAGUCGCCGCCCUCGGCAGACGGCGCGUCUGCUGCAGCCGCCUCCUCAUUGGCUGCCUCCUUCGCCGCGACCACGCCGGCCAUCAUGGCCCGAAGGAACUCCAUCUGGCGCCUGCACGAUGACGUGACACCUACCCAGAACAAGAAUGACACAUAGCUGGGUAUCUGUCACCUGAGCUCUUGCCGGUAGGCGAUGCUCUCCUGCACGUACUCGAUGGGCGACGACUGUGACAGCGCCAUAGAACAGAGGAAAGAUGGUCAAACAAACCUCUUGUUGUCGGGUUUACUCACCAGUUUGCUCUCCGUUUGAGCGGUUCGGGUCUCUCGCAUCGUGCGGCAUGCACUGUCAAUGGCGUCUUGGAUGGGCCGGGUCAGGUCGGACGGCAUGAGGCGCUCCCUCUCGAUGUACUCGAACAGCUGCACACAACACGUACACAUAGAUAGAGAUAUGCUCACACACGUCGUAAGACAAUUUGCUUACCACGUCGAGGACCUCGGCCCGAUCGCUCUCCGUGCCCUCAAUCUGAGGGAGCAGCCAGGUCAUCAGGACACAUGUGCUGCCUGCCGCUAUCAGCCAGCCUUUGUGUCGUGUGCACUGCUCGGGUCUCACCUGGUACCAACAGAAGGGGAUAGCGACGAACGCAGUCAUCUCCAAAGCAGUCGGAUGCGACCCGUCGCCCUUGUUGGACGUCUCCUUGUCUGCCAGCACUGCCGCCGGGUUUUUGAGCAGCUCGAACGGCGCCAGCUCGACAAAGGGCGGGGCUAGUGCCGGGUCGGUCGGGAGGUCCGCCGCCGAUGGAGGGGGGAAGUAUAGAAACAUUGGCGUUCCUGCAAACACGGGAUUGUCAAACAAAUGUACUUACUACUCAUCAGCUUCAAAGCGUCAGCAUCACAUCAAUGUCUGUCUGAUUUGUCCACCGACCUGUGAUUUCUUCGUGGGUGAUCCCUGGUGGCAGGUGGUUCUUGGAGAGGUUGUAUUGGAAGAAUCGCAGUCGGUCGCGGAGUGCAGGAAGCGCAGCAGUGACGGGCAGUAGGUCAUGACACAGGGCACACACAGGACAGUCCUGGACACAUAAAAAUAUAAACAGGCGCUCAUCAGGGGCAUAUAUACAUAAUUGACGAUCGGGUCUCACCUCGGCGGUGAGAAUGACCACUGCAGGAAGAGGUGACGAUGCGCGCACCUAGAACGGAGAACGCACCAGGGAGGUGCACGCACCUAUCCACCCACUCUUCCCAAGUACCUUGCUCGCCCCACCUCUUGCACAAAAUUGUCAUAAACGAUCUCCUGCACCACACCAGGGGGCCCCUCACCACUAUCAUCGCCAGCGGCAGAGGGCGGUGGUGGUAUGGGUGCCGACGGCACCAGGAGUGGUUCGAUCAAUUGACUGACUUGGUCGAUGUCGUCUGCACUGACCAUAUCCAUCGUUUGCUUGUAGUCCACUUGCACACGCAGGCCGAUCACAUGCCGGUCGGGGGUGGGCAGGGACGACAGCAAGUCGCUCUCGGGUGACGACGCGGCUGCUGAAGACUGCUGGGUGGUCUCCCGGGCUUUGCCCUCGACGAGCGAAUAGCAGAAAUCGAAUUCGUCGGCAUACUUCUUCCUGAAUGCACACCAUACCAUACAUGGUGUGCAGAAACGACUCGUGUACGAGUGCUUACAUGAGCUUCAAGACAACCUGUUGACAUUCUUCCUUCUGUCGCUCGUUGACAAAGACGAACUAAAGGGAGGGGAAUGCAGUGACAUACAGCCACGCACGUGUCAGUCUGUCAGUCUGUCUGUCUAUCUGUCUGUCUGUCUGAGGAACUCCCUCACUGACCUUGAUGAAGCGAUUGAAGUUGAAGUCGGCCGGCACGUCACUCAAGGGAAAUAGGAGCGAUAGCAGCAGCGGAUCUAGGUCACCGUCAUCAUCUUCCUUGAAACUGGAAGGCGAUUGUGCCAUUCCAUCUGUCGAAGGCAAAGCAGCAGCCUCAUUCAUCGCAGGCCGCUUCGUCCUCCUUUCCAGCAGUGCUGAAGCCAUCAGUGCUAUCGUGGGGAUGCCCCAGAGCAGCUUCAUGGGCAUCUCAUCUGUCGUUCGUGUCCUUCGCUGCGCCCAAGCAUGGAGGGUCACCAUGCUGCAAACGAGCCGUCGGCUUUCAGGCUGCAAGCGGGACAGGCUGCCUGCAAAGCGGCGAGGCAGA